CGGGACUAGGCGAGGACCAGGGAGCGGAAGAGAACAGGGUGUCUCGGUGAGGUUGGGUGCCGAUUUGGCAGUGAAUACGGGCAUAGCCAGAGCCCAAACCCCGACUCUGGGAGAGGCCAACACAGACUGAAGGACUUGUGGUUCCCGGGUAGUCGCCGCCGUCGCUGUGUCUGCCGUCGCCGCUGCCACCGCUGCCUGCGCGGCCGACACCGGAGGAUACGGCCUUGAGAAGCCUCCGGGCCUAGGCGCGGCCCGCGGAUCCCGAAGUGUUGCCACCAGUGCUGCUGUGAGUAAUACGAGUGUCCUCUUCAUAGUCGUUUACAGAUUAAAAUGGAGGAAAUAUCGUUGGCUAACCUGGAUACUAACAAGCUAGAGGCCAUCGCUCAGGAGAUAUACGUAGACCUGAUAGAGGAUUCUUGUUUGGGAUUCUGCUUUGAGGUGCAUCGGGCAGUCAAGUGUGGCUACUUCUACCUGGAGUUCGCAGACACUGGUAGCGUAAAGGAUUUUGGCAUUCAGCCAGUGGAAGAUAAAGGAGCUUGCCGCCUCCCGCUUUGCUCCCUUCCUGGAGAACCAGGGAAUGGGCCUGAUCAGCAGCUGCAGCGCUCACCUCCGGAAUUCCAGUAGCUGUAACAUGAGAGAGUCAGAGAAUGAUCAGGACAAUAAGUUGAUACUGGUCCUGUUGCUUCGAGAAGUAAGCUAAGUAGAAAAAAAAAAAUGAGAGAAAAUCCCAAUUUCCCUUGAAGAUCCUAGCCUUUAAAAACGCAAAAUGAAGAAUUUAA